AUGGUGGAAAGAAAUGAGAAAUUGCUGUCGGAGUUAUUGAAAUUGCACGGAAAUAACGCUUGUGCCGAUUGUGGGUCAAAAAAUCCAGAAUGGGCUUCUUACAACAUAGGAAUCUUUAUUUGUACCCGGUGUUCUGGAGUUCACAGGAGUAUGGGAGUUCAUAUAAGCAAAGUCAAGCAUUUAAAGUUAGACCGAUGGGAAGAUUCACAAGUGGAAAGGAUGAAAGAAGUUGGGAAUAUUAAAGCAAAAAUGAAGUACGAAGAAAGGGUGCCGACAUGCUACAGGCGACCUAAUCAAGAUGACCCACAGGUUCUAGUGGAACAGUGGAUCAGAGCGAAAUACCAGCGCGAAGAAUUCUGUUAUCCAGAACGACAGUCCUACACCAGCGGGUACUACUCCGGUUUCCUCAUGAAAAGAGGCAAGGAAGACAGCAAGUAUCGUUCUAGGAAGUUCGUACUGUCCGAGGCCGACGAUACGCUCAAGUAUUUCGUCAUAGAACACAAGGAUCCCAAGGCGGUACUGCGGAUAUCUGAACUGAACGUUGUGUUCGCUCCGGAGAAGAUUGGUUAUCCGAAUUCCUUGCAAAUUACUUUUCUGAAGGACGGUACGACCAGACAUAUAUACGUGUACCAUGACGAGGGCGAGAUUGUCAUCAAUUGGUAUAUGGCGAUUAGGUGUGCUAAAUUGCAUAGGCUACAGGUAGCUUAUCCAUCGGCUAGCGAGUUUGACUUAGUGAACUAUCUGACAGAGGACUUUGCUAAGGAAGGUUGGCUUUGGAAAACCGGUCCUAGGACUAGCGACGGGUUCAAGAAACGGUGGUUCACGUUGGACAACCGGAAGCUGAUGUACCACGACGAUCCCAUGGACGCCAAUCCCAAAGGAGAAAUAUUCAUUGGGCACAUGGCGGACGGAUACAGUAUACGAAUAGGCGUUUCUACGGGCGUCAAAGACCAAGGGUUCUCCUUUAUGUUGACCACGCCGGAUAGGGUGUACAAUCUGUCAGCUCAAACGGAAAUCGACAGGGAUCAUUGGAUCGAAGUGUUAGAGAGGGUUAUAGAGCGACCGUUAACGCCUCAAGACUUGUCAGUGUCCGCGAGACUGAUCAGGAAGAGGACGAACACAAACUCCAUAAGUAUUUUUUCGCCUAGGUAGUUCCUAAGGACAUAUCUGACUUUUUAUGCCUAUCACUAGCCUAGUCUCGUAAUUUUACACACACUAAAAACGGAUAUCACGGUAUAGAGACUAUUAGCAAACGUAUAUUUAGUUUUCAUAAAAUAAACUGGCUUACCGCCGCGCCGGCGGCAGACAGUUGACAAGAGACAUACCGCCGUUAGACGGUUUUACAUAUUUAUUAACAGUGAAUACCGCCGAACGGGUAAGAUGUUUUGCACUGGCUAAAUUACCUCUGGCGGUAUUGUUAGUGUGUACAAAAAAUAUCUUCAGCCGGCGGUGUGACAUUUCUAUACA